UGAAGGAAAGGUUACUAAUAAUAAGCAUCUAAAACGUACAAAAUGUCUAUCAAUACGAGCAACUUAGCAGAACUCACUGAAUUUGGCGACGAUUCAGAUGAUGUGAACUUACACAUAGAUGGUUCUUGCAACAGAAAAGUCGAAGUGGUUUUUUGGGUCUUGUACUCUGCAGUAGGAAUCAUUAUUUUUAUUGGGAACAGUUUCACGUGCAUCGUUCUGCUGGUAUCGAAACGGUUGCGAAACAUCUUCAUGAAUAUCUUCCUUGUAAGCUUAUCGCUCUGGGAUGUACUGAUGGCGAUUUUUGUUGUUCCAUUUUACGCUAUACAUUGCAGCCAUGGCUGCGAGUAUUCCUUAACCGAAUAUUGUUGGAUUUUUAGGAAAGCAAAGGAUUGUGUUCUUCUCGCAACGACUUUUAAUAUAUGUGCUAUCACGUACGAUCGUUAUCUGGCGGUGGUUCGACCACUUCAUUAUGGCGCGAAAAUGACAAAGCAACGUGUCAUCGUCAUUUUGGCCGGAGUUUGGACGGCGCCCGUCGUCGUGGCAGGAAUAAGAAGCGCUUGGCACCAUUCCAAGAUAAACGAAGAAUUGCGCUACGCUAACAAACUUUACGACACCAUAUUAGUGAUUGUGUUCGUCAUCUUCGCUAUUCUUGUACUAAUGGUAGCUAAUGUGAAAAUUAUGAAGGCCAUUAAAACGCAAAACGAACGAGAACGAACCGAACAAGGGAGACGGGCACUCUGGAGAGCGACUUAUGAAACAAGAAAACGAAGAAAAGGAACAAGAGCUUGUGUCUUAGUUGUCUUUAUGUUCGUAUUAUGUUGGCUUCCGAGAAUUGUUUACAAUCUUAGUUAUGUCGUCAAGCCACCGGGAUUAGCGAGUCCUUUGUUUCUAAGGCUGGCCUUCCUUUCUCUUUAUCUACAGUCUUCCGCUAAUCCAUUUAUUUACUCAUUUUAUAGAUCCGAGUUCAGAAGAGCCGCUUUUAAGCUUUUAAGCAGGCGGAACUCUACAAAUCUUAGAAUUCACCCUUCUGUUGAUUCAGUACAACACGUCCGAUCUCAAAACAUACAGGAUUUAACCCCAUCAACGGAUUAGUUCCAGCGAUCAUGGAUGUUUGGCGAAGGGUUAGCAGCCAAAAUAAGUAAAUGUCACGUAAAAGUGUUGCUUCGACUGAAUUGUAUUAGCAAACAAAGUCUGGAAACGAUUGUGGAUACAGUUUCUAUUAAAUU